UCAUCUUCACAGCAUUAAUCAAUCUUCACAAAGUAUGGGUCACCAUUCUUGCUGCAAUCAACAGAAGGUUAAGAGAGGUCUUUGGUCCCCUGAAGAAGAUGAAAAACUCAUCACUUACAUUACUACUCAUGGCUAUGGUUGUUGGAGUGAAGUUCCUGACAAAGCUGGGCUUCAAAGGUGUGGUAAGAGUUGUAGAUUGAGAUGGAUAAAUUAUUUGAGACCUGAUAUUAGAAGAGGAAGGUUUACACCUGAUGAGGAGAAGUUAAUUAUUAGCCUUCACAACGUUGUAGGCAACAGAUGGGCUCACAUUGCAAGCCACUUACCAGGUAGAACGGACAAUGAAAUAAAGAACUACUGGAAUUCUUGGAUCAAAAAGAAAAUCAGAAAACAUAAUUCAGCCUCUAAUUCCUCAACCACCACCAAUAUUAACACACAAAAUCAUGUUCUUGAUUUUACCUCCAAUAAUAUUAAACUAGACCACUUUGCCAACCAAGAUCAAAAUGUAACAACAGCAAAACCAAUAUCAUCAUUUCAAGAAACAACUUUGUUUUCUCCCACAUGCCCUUUAUUUAUGUUUGAGCCAAAUUCACUACUACUACAUGGAAGUGCAACAACAGAAGGUAAUAAUAACAAUAAUCAUAAUCUGCAAACAGAUCAAUAUUUUCAAGAUUCUGUUAAUUUGAUCAGCUCAGAAACAUGGAAUCAAGUUCAAUCAUCAGUAUCAUCACUACCUCCUCCAAUAUCAUCAACAACUUCUUUUUCAAUGGAUACAAUGAAUAUAAAUUAUCUACCACCUUUGAUAGAGAAUGUGGAAAACAUGGAAGAAGAAUCAUGCUUUGAUCAUCAGAGGCAAGAGAUGAAUAACAUUAACGAUGAAUGGCAUCAACAAUGUUCUAAUAAUAAUAAUAACAACUUUCUUUUCUGGGACAAUAUGGUUCAUGGAAAUGAUCAACUUGGUGGGGAAGAACAACUAGCACCAAAUUCAACAAAUAUGGGAACAAACACUAUUACACUUUCUCCUUUUCCUUCUUCAUCUUUUGGUUUAUACUCACUCCACAUACAGAGUUGCGGCAGAACUCAUUUUCAUCGCGCCACCAUGAUCAUAUCAGAGAAGAACCGCAGAGAGAUCUCCAAAUACCUCUUUCAAGAGGGUGUAUGCUAUGCCAAGAAAGAUUACAAUUUGGCAAAGCACCCAGAAAUCGAUGUUCCUAAUUUGCAGGUCAUUAAGCUUAUGCAGAGCUUCAAAUCCAGGGAAUAUGUUAGGGAAACCUUUGCUUGGAUGCACUAUUACUGGUUUCUCACUAAUGAUGGAAUUGAGUUUCUCAGAACUUAUCUUAAUCUUCCUUCUGAGAUUGUUCCUGCUACUUUAAAGAAACAGGCUAAGCCACCUGGUAGACCUUUUGGUGGUCCACCCGGUGAUCGUCCUAGGGGUCCACCGAGAUUUGAUGGAGAGCGUAGAUUUGGUGGUGACCGUGAUGGCUACCGUGGAGGUCCUCGUGGACCUGGUGGUGAAUUUGGAGGAGAAAAGGGAGGUGCUCCUGCUGAUUACAGACCCUCAUUUGGGGGUCCCGGUGGAAGGCCCGGCUUUGGUCGUGGGUCUGGUGGUUUUGGGGCUCCAACCAGCUCAGAUGCUUAAACUAUAAUGUUUUCUGCUUUAGUUUUCUGUUAAGCUUUUUUGAACAAAAUUUUCUUGUAGUUGGAAUUGUUUAAUCCAAGUCACACUCUAUAUCACCAGUUUAUCAUUCAGUGAAGAUUUUGAAUUUGAGUGUUUUCCUUAAGUGACUAA